AUGUAUUUACUAUGGAAAGAGGAAUUAACGUCAAGAUUUGGAAUUGGUGCUUGCUUUUCAACAUGUCCUAAAUAUGCACACAGACAUUCAAGUUCAGAUGGAGCAUUUAUGAUUUGCAAAGUGCUUACAAAGAAAAUAGAAGUGGUAGAUGUCAACUAUAACUUGGAUGUACCGACAAAUUGUGAAAAUGAUACUUCUUUGAGUAAAACAGGUAAAGUAUAUGUUAAAUAUGAUGACAACACUUUUUACCCAGAGUUUAUUGUUUAUUAUCGUUAG